UUUUCAACUAUUCCACUAUCAUCGUCACAUAAAGACAAGCAAAAAAUUAUUAAGGAAAAAAAAAUCGCUCGCAGUGCAAUUAUCACUAAAAUGGCCUUAUCUUUAGUAGAAUUUUUGGUAGUUAUUGUAGUCAAUAUUGUCAAAUCUGUGGUUUAUGUUUAUACAUUUUUCACCAUACCAAUCUAUUAUCUACUUGAAAAACCAUGGAAAACAUUGAAAAUGGCCGGAAUGUGUGGCGCAAAUUUUAUCAAACGUGGACGAUUCAUACGACAAAAUGGCAUACCAGAAUCAUUGUCAAAUGCUGAAUAUUUAGAAUUCGAACAUGAUGUACCAAUACCGCAUCAUCCAUUGAUGAAAUGUAAUACAAUAACUGAAGCUAUAUAUGCAAGAUCAGAAUUAUAUCCAAAUGAUCUACCAUCGAUUGGUUAUCGACAAAUAUUGGAAGAAGAAAUUCAACAUGAUCAAUCGGGUAAUCCAAUCAAAAUUGAUGGAAAAGUUUUACGAAAAUAUAAAUUAAGUAAUUACAAAUGGGUAACAUAUGGUGAUUUUCUGGAACAAGUUGAAGCCAUUAAUCGUGGAUUGUAUGCCGUUGGUUUCAAAAAACAUGAUCCUAUUGCCAUUUAUUCGGAAACUGGAUUCGAUUUUAUGAUAUCAAUGAUUGCUAGUGGAAAAGCCGGUGCUUUAAUUGUAACGGUAUUCCAUACACUUACUGAUCAAGGAUUAAUUCAUGCUCUCAAUCAAACAAAAGUUAAAAUUAUAUUUGUUAGUUUUGAAUUGGUGGAUCGUGUUCAUGGUUUCGUGAAGAAUUGUCCACAUCUUAAAACGAUCAUCUAUUAUGAAGGACCUAAAAAGCAAAAAAUUCCAACAUUCGAUUCCAAUAUUAAAGUUUAUACAUUGAAUGAGAUCAAAAAUCUGGGCCGUUUGGACAAAUAUCGACAUAUUGAAUCAAAAUGUUUAGAACCAGACGAUUUAUUUGGUGUCAUGUUCACUUCUGGAACUACAGGCAUUCCUAAAGGAGUCAAAAUCACGCAACGUCAAAUGAAAGAAGCUGCAAUGACCAUUGGAAAAGUUGUACGCGAUGUUAUUAUGACCGGACCGAGCCACACUUAUAUAGCUUAUUUACCACAAGCUCAUGUAUUGGAAUUUUCCAUCGAAUUAUUCUUAUUCCUGGGUGGUGUCAAAGUUGGUUAUGCAACACCAUUUACAUUGAAUGAAUCAGCACCAGGUUUAGCUAAAGGUCAAAUCUGUGAUCUUCAAUUAUUAAAACCAACUGUGAUGAUCAGUGUUCCGUUAGUUUUGGAUCGAAUGCAAAAAGAGAUCUAUAAUAAAUUACAAAAACGAACUCCAUUCUCGAAAGCAAUUUUUGACUAUCUUAUCGAUUAUAAAGCACAUUGGAUUAGCAAAGGUUAUUCUACCCCUAUAGUAAAUAGGCUACUCUGUUCAAAAGUACAAGAACAAUUUGGCGGUAAUCUACAAUAUAUGGUGGUUGGUGGAGCACCUUUAGCAUAUGAUCUACAAAAACGAAUCAAAUGUGCUUUGAAUGUAACAUUGAUUCAAGGUUAUGGAUCAACAGAAACAUCGGGUGGUGUAUUCUCUAUGGAUUUCAAAGAUCUUUCCUAUGGACGAAUUGGAUCACCAUUGAAUGGUGUACGAGUACGUGUAGUGAAUUGGUAUGAAGGCAAUUAUUUUAUUGAUGACAAGCCAAAUCCUCGUGGUGAAUUGAUCAUCGGUGGUAAAAUGAUAUCUUCCGGUUAUCUUGAUCUGGAAGAGGCUACUCGAGAUGCAUUUUUCGAUUCAGAUGGUUUUCAUUGGUUCAUUACUGGCGAUAUUGCAGAAAUUCAUUCAGAUGGUACAUUCUCUAUAAUUGAUCGUAAAAAAGAUAUAGUAAAAUUGGCUAAUGGAGAAUUUAUUUCAUUAGGAAAGAUUGAAGCCAUAUUAAAAAGUAGCUGUUAUGUGGAUAAUAUUUGUAUCGUUCCAAAUGCAACAUUAAAUUGUUUGGCCGCAUUGGUUGUGCCGAAUUUUAUGUCUAUAAAAACCUUGGAAAAACAACAAUUCGAAUCAUCAAAUGGACUCAUUUCAAAUGCAAACAAUAUUCAACAUGAUCAUCCAGAAAUUAUAAAAAUUUUACAUGAAGAUAUUAUUGCUGUCGGUAUUCGACAACGUUUGAAAUCUAUUGAAUUACCAUCAAUAAUUUCUUUGUGCAAUGAAAUUUGGGCACCCGAUAAUGAUCUAUUGACAGCAGCUAUGAAAUUAAAACGAGCUAAUAUUAUCAAACAUUAUAAUAAUGAUCUACAACGAAUGUGGUCAACAUUACAAACUAAUCCGGAAAAAAUUCGUGUCCAAGUAAAAAAAUAAUUUUUCUUUUACACUUGAAUUUGUUGUGAAAAUUUAAU